CCGUCUUGAAGAUGAGCACUGAUUGAUGCAAUAAUUGGCUAUGUGCUGUCUUCCCCGUCUCGAACCGUGCUUAUAACUUUUCGACCAAUAAUAGAUAAAGCCUUUGCACCAUUUCAUCGCUCCGAAACAUGCCUCACGCAAAUGGUGCUUCUAAUCGCAGUGAUGGACGAGAUCCACCCGACAGGUCAGAGCCGGCUCCGAUGAGCGGUACAAUCCCGCGCAGCACUGUGAUCAAGAACAGGAGAAAGACAUAUCUUGAUCGACAUGGCGACGAGUAUUUCAGGAACACCGAGCUAGAGCUCGAGGAUCCAUUGCUGUAUGACCGCUUCGUUCGGCGAUUUCAGACGUCUUCGGAUCGACAACAACAAAGCCUCCAACGCAGUAACGGGAGACCAACGGAUCUUACGGGAGAUAUCCUCGAAGCCAACCUCAUCCGAUCAGAGGCCAAACUCGAGGCCUUGAGAAACCCAGAUCCUAACAGUCCCAUCGUGUACCAAAGAGCUACAGAUGGGACUAUCGUGGCAUUCGAGCAGGACGAAGAUGAUCGCGCACUCGAUCGCGAGGCAGGCUGGGCGCGGUGGCUAGACAUCAUGGGACAAAGAUUUCUACGGGGAGAGGACCGCCAUUUCGAUUACACUUCUGUUGACGAAAAUGACGAGUACGAUGACCGUGGAACGCAGGACCGGGAGAGGCUGGAAGAAUGGCUUGACGGGGAGGAAGUGGAACAUCCGGCAGGUUAUGUUCCUACGGGCGAGACUGGGAUCCAAGAUUACUGAUCCUCAAUUGUAUCUUCACGCGGACACGCUGAGACUUGCGAUAAUAGGAGCCAUGGAUCUGACGCGUACCAUUACCACGUGUUGGGCCAACGCUUGUUUGAGAUGUGUGAGCUCUGUUCGAAUGGGACACAAGGUAAAUAGUGCAUCGAUAGAGUGCUUUGUUAUUAAUUCUGCGACAGCAUUUGGCAGGUCA